AAAAAAAACUGUUCAAUAGAUUUGUCAUAAGAGAUUACACGUUUUAGAGACGUUCAACAGACUUGUCAUGAUCACAGAUGGUGCCUCUCGUCAACUUAAUAAAAAUGAAUUUAGACGCCAACCACUUGUUUGAAAAAUGAAGAAGAAAAAAAAUUACAGAAAGAGGAGAAAAAUACACCCGCGCAUGUUCUACAUCCACACAUGGCUAGCUACAGUCCUUCUCUCUUCCCUAUGUGUGUGUGUGUGUGUGUGUGUGUGAGUGUGUGUGUGAGUGUGUAUGAGUGUGUGGGUGUGUGUAUGCGUGUAUGUGAGUGACUGAGAGAGAGAACCAGAGCCAGAAGUCAGAUUCUGACAAACAGUGCUGAGUGCGACUGCCAAUGAAUGUGAGAGUGUGUGUGCAUGGGUGUGUGUGUGUGUGUGUAUGUGUGUGUGUGUGUGCGUGUGUGUACAUGAGUGUGUGUGUGUUUGUGUGUGGAGGCUUGUUCAGUUCGAGAGGAACAGGGCCUGAGCAGAAGAGGGUGGCACGCUUGUAAUACGCACUCCGAGGUCAGUUAACGGAUACCCUAGGUUCAUGGACGAAAGCUGGAGCAGCUUUUUAAAUAAGUUUUGGUAAUUAGCAGGCUCGGUCUCUGAACAUUACGAGGGUGCUGUUACUAUGGCAACUGGCAAGCAAGGCUUUGUGAGAGCUACUGAGUCUCAGCAUUCGGUCUCCGUACAGAGAGAGAAAGAGACGCACGUUCAGGCCCCACUACCAGCCAUGUAUAUCCAAGCGGUGUCCGGCCUGCCAUCCUACCCUCAGGCCCAGCCAGCAGCCGUGCAGGAUGCAGCGGUCAUUCCUCUGUCCAUGCCGAUGAUGUAUGCCAACCAGACUCUGCCCUUUCUGACUCUGCACAUAGCCAGUGGGGCAGGUCUCCAGCAGCAGAGGCCAGAACCUCCAGCGUCUUCUUCCAGACAAAAAACUUCGGGGAAGCACGUGUGCCCACAUUGUGGAAGGGACUGCCUGAAACCCAGUGUUCUGGAAAAGCACCUACGCUGCCACACCGGUGAGAGACCAUAUCCUUGCGCCACCUGUGGCAUCUCCUUUAAGACACAGAGCAACCUCUACAAACACAAGCGCACCCAGGCCCAUGCUCGUCUCUCCAGCGAAUCUGGGAAGGGAACCUUCAGCAGCCAGGAGAGCACUGACAGCUCAAAAGAUAAUUGCUCUAGUUCCUCACUGGAAUUACAAAAUGAAGAUUCAGAUGAUGCAAAGAGGAAAGAUAGUGUUCUUUCCACCGUGGCAACGAGCACAGGCAGUUCAGAAGAGGUCAAGACAGGCUCUGAGACAGAGUGGGCUUUAUGUAAAGCUGCAGUGGUUGGAGUUAUUGCUUCACCAGCGCAUGGGCAACAAGUAAUUUCGCAUACUAUAACCCAGAGGGUACCUCAAUUAUCAUCUGAUGCUGCACCAAUACAGGCAAAGAGCCCAAAUCGAGAUGGACGUGCUCCACUGACUCCAAAUCGCACUCCUCUUCAGAGGCAGGAGGCACUCUUCCCUAAGUCUCAAAGCCAUGACAGCACAGACUCAGGCUUCAGUGAAAGCAACGAACAACACUCGACUGCCAGUCCUGGCACUGCCGUGCACAAUUCCAGCAUGGAACUGGAAGAGCCUGAAACCUCUGAGAAACUCUCUGAUGUUGGCACUGAUGACAUCAAAAGCAAAGUGUCACUUCAGGAGAAGCAAAAUCUAGAGAAACACAUCUUGAAGCUGAUCUCUGAAAACAGCGUGGUAAUGGAUGACAAACACCUGGUGAACGUGCGGCCGAGAAAGACGGUGUUGUCAAAACAAGGCAGCAUUGAUCUUCCCAUGCCGUACACUUACAAAGACUCAUUCCAUUUUGAAAUAAGAAGCAGCAAGCACCAAGUAUCUGGUUCACAAACGCAAGACAGAAACUGUAGGGCUUUUUACAGCUCUAUGCCUACGCAACAUUCUACCAGCUUGGAACAUGCACCAUUGACCCGUAGCAGCUCUCUACCAUUUAGCAUGGGCAUUCAGAACAAUGACAGCAUGGUUUCGCCCUAUCAAGUAGACAACGUUCCGUUGAGCAGGAGGUGUAGUGCAGGACACAUCUACCCAUUUAAGUCAGUAGAUCAACACACACCCAGCCAUCGUUCACUGGUCAGACAAGUAGCAGUGGAUGGUUUAUCUGCAGUGGAAGGAUCUCUAAUGGAAAGAGGCAGUCUUAGUAGCCUCAGUUCUGAUGGAGACUGCACUGACGCGGUGUCAGAGUCGGCUGUCAAACGAUGUCGUAGGAAGAAAGCACAAAAGUUUGCCUACAAUAAAUGGUACAUGUAUGGAGGUGGGACAUUCAAGAAGCUCUACAAUAUAGAGAAAGACUCUGUAUUGAAGAGCAGAAAGUCCACACUUAGCCCCGAGCAAUCUGAAAGCCAGGGGAUUCAAAUAAACCAACAGAAAAAUAGCAAUUCGAUUGCAGCUGCAUCUUUGAGCUAUACUUCCUGCUCUGCUCCAAGUCUGUCAAAUGUUGCUAAUGUCCUCACAGCACAGACACCCAGUCAGGUUCUUUCCUCUUAUGUACUUGUACAAAAUACACCAAUGAAACAAUCAACUGGGCAACCCCAGCAAAGUCUGACCAAGCAAGCUAAUAUUCCAAGCUCAGACUUGAGUAUGGUGAUGAAAGCAAUAAAAGGGACAGAAGAAAAAGGCAGAUCACCAGAAACACAACGUUCAACUCCAAUACCUUCAGAGAGGAAAAAGCAAAAGACAGAUGAACAUCUUUCAGCCCUUGUUGAAAAUACAGAAGCCCUAAUAAGGAUGCAGCAAUGUACAAGCCAACAGGUAAAUGCCAACCUAUGCCAAUCUUUACAAUCAGAGUGUGGGGAUGUUCCCCAAAAGUCACUGCAAAGGGACAAUGGGUUAAGUCUUAAUAGGCAAGGCAGUUUCACCAAUCUGUCUUCCUCCUCAAAUCAGAGACAGGUCCUUUUCAAGAGGCACAGUUCUCCACUUUUUGUAGCCAACAUGAGUGGGACAUCUGCGUCUCCUUCUGCCUCCUCCAGCAUCUCCUCAGAUUGUCAAGCCAAGAGCAGCUUUCUUCCCAAGUACCAGCUGAAGAUUCCUGUAUUUACAGAUGGCAUGUCAGAUUCUUGUCUUGGCAAAGGUUCCUCGAUGAAUCCGUCUUCACCCAGACAGAAUGUUAGUCUGAAUCAGCAACCUGCAACAGCUUCACCAUCCACACCACAAAACCAGUCAACUAUGACUGUUAUGUCCCCUGGACAGGAGCAAGAUACUUUGUGUAUAACAGCCACAACAAAGACAACGUCUACGACAUCUGUCGUGUACAGUUGCCAGAAUACAAAUGCCUACACAUCGACCUACACCUCUACGUCAGUUUCAUUAGCAUCUCCAUUAGCAUUCACAGGACGAAGUGUCACCAUUAGCACAACACAUAGCUCGAUCUCACCCGAUAGUCACUCAGCUACAUCAACAAAAAGCAGCCAGGUCUAUGCUGGAAAUGUGCCAUCUCUACAAGACAAUCCUGUUACAUCUGUAGUAAUACCAACACAAUUACCUGAAGGUACACUGGCACCGGUACUUCCGAGCUCUACAGAAGGCAUUCCUUCGGAGAUAAGCAGCACUGAGAUCCAGAGAUCUCAGGACACUUUUUACAUGCAAACAGCAGACCUCCAGAUAGUUAUGCAACUUAUUUCAGAUGAGCAGCUUGCGCUGAUAGAACCACAGAUUGAAACACAUGACUAUAAAACUACUGGAAGUGGUUGUUUUCUCAACAAAGCUCCAGAAAGAUCUGGGACUUACACAACCCAAAGAGGUGUGUCACAGGAAAUACAUAAACAAUGCUCUGGUGAUACAGGAACAAAGGUAGCUAUCGAACAGGGAAAUGUAAACAGGAGUGUGCUCAGCAACAUCCCAGACAUAACACUCAUGUCAUUUGGAUCAACAGUUACAGAACACAUGGCAAAGAGUACAAAAAGUGCUCAAGAUGUUUAUUUAACAAACACUGGCACUAAAGGAGUCAUUUCAAGGUCACCUUCCAAAUCAGAGCACGAUGUUUCAAAUUUACUGGACAGCAGGACAUUGGAACAACAGUGUAAAUUGUUAAGUUCAACAGCUGAGGACAGUGCGUUGCCAAAAGACCCAGAGACUGUAGGGUGUAGUAUUAGUGCAAGAUCAUAUCUUAAACAAAAUCCUAGCGAGAAAUUGAGCAAACCUUCAGCAGACAAAUCCAUGGCAAAUAGUGAGUCAGAGGUCAGCAAAGGUUUUGCGCAUGACCAGAUCUUUAGAAACUGUUCAACAUCCAUAAUAUGCAGCACUCAGCAAAGUUGUCAAGACACUACAGGCAGCCAUGGGACAAUUCAUAAAGUUUUGGCUUCUACCAACAAUGCAGCAACAUCCUCUGAGGGCUUUCUUUCAGAAAUAUCUGAAAGCAGCCCAAACCAUCAGUGUGUGCAAACGACUGGUCAACAGCACAAAUCACUUCUCUUAACAAAACCUGGAGAAAAACAGACUACUGAAACAAACACAUCAUGUAUCUCUGUGGCAUCUUCAGUUCUGGGUCUACCACUGACCCCCAUUUCAGUUUCAAACCAAGUUGAACCAAUCCAACCCAAAUCAUGUCAGUCAUCAGGCGCCUCCUUAGCCACGGCAAGAGUGAUUAGCUCACGGAGUGUAUUAGCGUGCCGGGUAUGUCAACAACAACCUUUAAACCAGACAGGUGCAUGCAGUGGAGACAGGUCAAAGUAUGAAGAAAAUCAAACCUCCGCUUCAGGUCAAUCCGAACAACAUUUAGACCAACAAACCCGGUCAAAAUCUGAGGAAGUCAAGGUAAUCACAACCAGGACUACUCAUAUGACCAGUGCUCAGUUUGAGUCACAUGGGCCAGUAUCCAAAUGUCUUACAGAGGAAAAUAUGAAAUGUGCAUUGGGCCUUGGUGGAAUGCAUCACAUCAAUCAGGAUUCAUUCACAGGGCCUCCAGUCAGCUGUUCUUCCCAAAGCUUCAACUUCCAGUGGGGGGCUGGGACAGGGAGACGGAAGUGGAUCCCCCUGGAACCUACGAGCAGAGGAGGAGAUAGAACAGAAUGGAUGGGGACAUGGGACACAAACAGGUCAUGGACACAACAGGAGGAGGAUACCAUGGAAAACAAAAGAGAGCAGGAGGCAAAAUGCACUAAAAGCUAUCACAUAGCAGUGAAACCACAUCCGGACCUAUCCGCAUCCCAACACAUGACUAAUGCCAACGUGGCAUCGCCUGGGCUUGUUUCCAUCAGCACUACACCGGCAAUCUGUGGAGUAACCAACCCUUCACAUGAAAGCAAGUGUCUCCCCAACAAAGAUCAUGUUAGAGAAAACAGUCCCAGUGCUAAUGUGGCUCCAAAACAAACUGACCAAAGUAAUGCAAAAGUGAAGGAGCACAGUCCUCUUGGAAGUUGUGAAAGGCUUACGGCAUUAUCCAGAGGACCGGGUGAUGUGAGGCAUCUCUUGGCUCAUCCUCUUUUGGUGAAUGCCAUUCAGAAGGAGGUCCAAAAAGAGACACAAAGCAAAAACUCUGCACGGCAACUGACUCAUUCAACAAUAUCACAAGCGCAAAGGCCAUUGCCUGAGCGAGAAACAGAUGGAACAGCACAAAUCAGUGUGCUGAACGAACCCUGCGUGACAUUGCCUUGCAACACGGUACACUGCCAGAUAAUAAAAACAACACCAGCAUACACACAUCUUUCAUGUUCAAAGCAGACUAACAACUCUUGCAUACAUCCAAAUCGAACAUGCACAUCCAGCAUGCCCAGUAACCCUACAGAGCCUAAUGCUUCACACAGCUACAUGGAGGAGGAGGAGGAGGAGGAGGAGGAGGAGGAGAGGUCCAGCAGCAGUGACGAUGAGGGAAAACUAGUUAUUGAACUUGAGUGAAACCAUAUGCUGAUGAGACUAUAGUGGCAAAACAUAUUAACAAACUACAACCAUGACAGGAAAACCAAAAAUACAAAAGCAUUCACUCAAAACAGAAACGGAAGGUCCUUAUUGAGUGUCACAUGCUCGACGCUGAUUGGCUACACUGCACGACAGUAUGAGAUACAACAGAAGAUGGAGAGCCGGAGGAUGUUUAGAGUAUGAGGAAAUAUGCCCCUAAUUGAAAUUACUCUGUGGUGAUGCAAACUCUAGCUCUAGGGUCCCCAGUUCUACAUUGAGCUUGGGUUAUAGUCUGUAUAGACUUUUGCAUGUUCUCCUUAUGCCUGCAUGGGUUUACUCUGUGUUCUCCAGUUUCCUUCCACCUCCAAAAAACAUGUAUGUAGAUUGGCUAUCCUAAAUUGCCCCUAGAUGUGAAUGUGAGUGUACAUGGUGCCCUGCAAUAGCCUGGCAUCCCAUCUCAGGUGUAUUCCCACCAUGGGCACGUUUACACUUCCAGUUUAGGCUACACCCACUUUGGGUUUAAAUCCAAAUACCGAUACAAAUCUCAGACAGAUUGCAAUACUAAAGGACCUUCUCUUUCUGUUUUUAGAUUUUGUGUUUCUGAAUGUGCUGUUGUCCAUUUUUGGUUUGUUAAUGUAUUUUGCACCUACAGGCCAUGCUUUAUACCAGUGAAACAUCUGGCUACAUUUUUAUCCAAGCUAACACCAAACUUUUACAAUGCUGAACAUGAUGUGCAGCAAACACAAAGGAAUGCACUUACCAAACUUACAAGACAUGAUUAAAAUAUUCACACAGAAAACAGGGAGUGAAUGCAUAAAGCUGCAUUCUCACAGUCAGUGGAGUUCUACAGGGUUUGGUGAUAACCACAGUGAGGAUUUCAGGCAUAAGGAGAUUUAACAGACAAGAGGUUCAGCCUUUGAAACUGCCAUAACUGUAAACACAAUGAGUCGUUAUUGCCAUCUUUUCCCGUCGUUCUGCUUCGUUUAUCAGGCUGCUGUUAAAUGUCAGUCAUUUCUAAGCAAAUGUUUGACUGAUAAGUGUAAACGCUUUACCUCUUGUCAUUUAACUAAUAAAAUUACAAACUGUUGAAAGACCACUUCA